AUGUCUCAAGACGCCUGUGCACUUAACGCUGACGGCUCCCUCAAGGAUGCUGCCGAUAUCACUUUCUUUAAUGAUCCUGAUGACGAUGUACCCCUUCCCAACGUCCCACCUUCCACCCAGCCAUCGACAUCAACUGCAUCUACAAGAGAUGCCUACUCUGUUCUACUCAAAGCUGGACGUACCCCAGCAACAGUCGCAGCCGGUUCUCGGCGGUCUGGCCGUCCCUUAAAGCCCUCAGCUCGUAUGCGUGAUGCUGACAACGCCUGUGGGCUGUCUUCAGGCACGAGGAAACGCGCAUUGUCAAGCGCUACAGACCAUCCGGCACCGAAGAAAGUCGCUAUGCGAUUUUUAUCGCCUCUCGACUCUGAAGAUGAAGACAAAGACGAGGACGUCGAUCCAGGAGAAUCAUCCGCUGAUGAGCUGGUCCCUCAACCUGAUGUCGAAGACUUAGAUGAUACCGAUGACGCCAAGUCCGAGAAUGGAGUUGUCACUCAGACGCUUUCAAAAAAUGAACGUACAGCAGAUGUUAGAACUAUAUUCACUCGUGGUCCUGAUGGGUGGGUGUGUACCCUGUGCAAGUAA